AUGAAGCUAUUUCUGCUCUUUACGUUAACGCUGGUAAAUAUUUUUAGCGUUUCGUUACAAGAGCCCAUUCAAAAUCAACCAGCAGGAAACAAUACUAUCACUUCACCGCAUAGAAAUGUGUGGCGUGCCCUGUCAGAAGCAGAGUUCAGUGGCGUUUCAGCGGUCUUGGUCCACCAAUUGAACUUGACUACAAGUCGGGGUGGCAAUAGAAUUAUCCAAAUUGAUUAUCUAUAUCCAAACAAAUCCGAUGUGCUGCUCUUCCUUGAUCAUAAUGGAGAGGAGCCUAAGCGUUAUGCGCGCGCCACAGUACAGUUCGGCUCUCCCGAAGUCCCGUAUCUCCAAGAAUACCGCAUCGGUCCACUACCAGCAACAAACACAACGGCAGUAGAACCUCUUCGUUUUCCCUUCAACGGGAAAGUGCAGGGCAAAACCAAGAUCACUUCUCUGGACGCAGACGGAAUCGAUGCGUUCCUUCCACAGCUAAGUUCAGUGGUUGAAGACAUCACACGGAAACUAUGGAACACAACUCUAGCAGAGGGUGGUGUAUCCUUCAAUCUCGGAAAGGCGUCCUUCAAUUCCGACUCUACACAAACCAUCUGGUUAGGAUUUCUUAACAACGCUACCACUGGUUUCGACAGUUCCACCCUCCUUCCCCUUGGCGUCUCCAUGCAACUUGACAUCACAAGCCGUGACUACAAUGAUUGGUUCGUCUUAUAUUGGUUCUACAACAACAAACUCUACACUCCCACCUCCUUCAACGAGACAGUUUAUUCAUCUGACUUCCAACCUCCACUCGCUAAUAUAGACGGUCCAUGGACAUCUACCAAUAAGCAGGAACCGACCUUCUUACUAGACGAUUUACCUCCACCAAAAGCUAUAUCCCGAGGGAAGAAUCGCUACAACCUCGACACAGAGGAAAACUACGUCCAAUGGAUGGAUUUCUCCUUCUACUUCUCCUCCCACACCGACCGCGGCCUUUCCCUUUUCAACGUCGUCUAUAAGUCCAAACGUAUAAUCUACGAGCUAUCCCUCCAAGAAGCCCUUGCCCACUACGCCGGCGUUGAACCGGUUCCAUCCGAAGCCGUUUACUUUGAUACACAGACGGGAAUGGGUAGAUCUAUGAUUUCGUUGAUCAAGGGAUAUGAUUGUCCUGAUUAUGCUACAUAUCUCAACUCGUCAUUUUCUAGCAGAACCGGAGUCACAAUCACACCCGACGCUAUCUGCUUAUUCGAAAGCGACUCACAGUUCCCACUACGCAGACAUACUUCUCAAGCAUUCGGUUAUGCGAGUGCAGCGCGCAAUGUAGUGUUUACAGUAAGAUGGAUUGCUACGGUGGGUAAUUACGAUUACUUAUUCGACUACGACUUUUUCUAUGACGGCGCGAUUGAAGUCAAAGUUCGUGCGUCAGGGUAUAUCCAGGGAGCGUAUUAUGCAGGGAACGAAGAGUAUGGGUUCAAGAUUCAUGAUGCAUUGUCUGGGUCAAUGCAUGAUCAUGUUAUGACAUUUAAGGCGGAUCUCGACAUAUAUGGAGAAAAGAAUAGUGUACAGAAGGUUGAGGUUGUCCCAGAGACUACUAUAUACCCAUGGUCUCAAGGCCAACCGCACAACACGAUGAAACUGAACCGCGGAUUCGUCACUAGCGAGACCGAUUCUAGUAUUGAUUGGGCAGCUGACGAUGCGAUCUCCUACACCAUCGUAAACAAGGACUCCCCCAAUAAAUAUGGAGAGUAUCCCGGGUAUAGAUUCAGACGAGUCGCACCAGCCAUACACCUCACAGUCAAAAAUUCUACGAGUGGCGGCAAAGCCCUCCACUACGCUACCCAUGACUUGUUCAUCACCCAGCAAAAAGACAAUGAACCAUGUGCAGCAGAUCGUAAUAACGCCUAUAAUAUUGAUGAUCCACUUGUUGAUUUUGAAAAGUUUCUGGACGGAGAAAGUUUGGAGCAGGAGGAUUUGGUGUUGUGGAUCAAUAUGGGUAUGCAUCAUACGCCUCAUACUGAAGACUUGCCGAACACGAUUAUGACAUCUGCGUAUUCGGGGAUUAGGUUUGAGCCGUUCAAUUAUUUAGAGAGUGGGGAUCCAUCAGUUAAAUCGGCACAGCAAGCUAGAAUUAUUUUAUCGAAUAGUUAG